GUUAGAGCGUGACACCAGACAGCCAUAGCGCAAAAAGAGCAGUCGAAGGCUUGUUUGGAGUGUGUAUCCACUACUCGCGUCAGUUUAGCCUUGAAAAUGGCUUCCGCCAGGACGGAGGAGCGAGCCUUUAAAACAUCAUUGUCUCUGACUCGAUCAGAAGACUCAUCGCCUGUAUUUUUCAAAGUGGAUGGUGAAAGAUUCAAAGAAACUCGAACCUUGAAGUUACAAGUUGACUCCAAGUACAAAGUCGUUCUAGAGUUUCGUCCACCUCAGACUUUGGCUGAGGCAGCUAUCUCUGGUGGCUCUUUGAAAGCAGAACUGAAGAAGAUAGAUGAAAACUGCAGUGUUUAUGAGGGUUUAUUCUCAACACAGGGUAUGCCUUCAUCUAAGAGCAAGGACCGUGCAUACAUUGUACUUUCCCUGAAAUUCAAUACAGGCCAUGAGAUGAAUGUCCAGGUACAAAGCAAGUUGUAUUCCGUGAAAGAUAACACCCAUGUUACAUGGGGUGCAUGUCUAAAAUCCUUGGAUUUUGAAUGCAAAAUGAGAGAUGGACAGAGCUUUGUGAGCAUCCAAAAAACAACUUUCAUAUGAAAAUUUUGUCAUUCAGUUUUAAUCUGUGAAUCUAUCUAAUGAUUGCAUUCACACAUUUCUUUUUUUAUGGCAAUUGAUUUUAAUUUAAGUAUAUUUUACAGAUCAUAUACUAUUAUAAAUACUAUUCAACAAAUUAUGUGAUUAUUAUACAACUCAAACAUAACUUUAAAAAAUAAUACUAAAAAACAAUGUAUUUACUGUAAAACAAUUUAGUGAAAAAUUUUAGUGACAAAGAAACUACUGUUAUAUGGCCCUAUUGCAGGGCCAAUAAAAGAGUAACUGGGACAACUCUGAUGAACUUUGAUUAUCCCGAGUUACAGAGAAUAAUCUUAUUCUGUCUGACACGACCGCUACAAUAAUCGAUUGCUAACGUUUCAUAUUAUUUUUAAAUUGUUUGAGACAACUUGCCUUAAUUUUAACCUGCCCUUGUCAACUGUCACCUGGUUAACUCUAGGUGUUAUUCUUGUAGGAGUUUUUAUAGUAAAUAAGGUAAAAUGUAA